AAAUUUCUCUGACGCAUAUACAAUUUCCAUAGAAAGCUCUUUUGAGAGAAUCAGUAGAGAGAGAGAGAGAGAGAUGUCGGGAGAAGAAGACAACGUCGCAACGAAGGUUGAUUCAGGAGAUGCUGAAGCGGCGGUGACUACACCGGCUGAGAAGAAACCGGCGGCGAAAGGUGGUAAAGCAAAGAAGACCAAGGAAGUUAAGGCGACGAAGAAGCCUGCAUCGAAGGCUCCGAGGAAGAAAAGCACUUCUUCUCACCCUCCAUACGAAGAGAUGAUUAAGGACGCAAUCGUGACGUUGAAGGAGAGAACUGGAUCUAGCCAAUACGCGAUUCAGAAGUUCAUCGAGGAGAAGCAUAAAUCGCUUCCUCCUACUUUCAGGAAGCUUCUCCUCGUGAAUCUGAAGAGACUCGUUGCUUCUGGGAAGUUGGUUAAGGUCAAAGCCUCUUUCAAGCUCCCCUCCGCUAGAUCCGCCGCAGCUCCGAAACCGGCGGCGACUGCUCCGGCCAAGAAGAAGCCAGCAGCUUCUGCGAAACCUAAGGGCAAAGCUUCGGCUCCUGCUAAAGCCAAACCAGCAGCCAAAGGAACUAAGAAGCCGGCUGCAACUGCGGCUAAGCCUAAGGCAACAAAGGCUAAAGUCACUGCUGCUAAACCUAAAUCGAAGACCGUCGCUGCUGUGUCCAAGACGAAAGCUGUUGCUGCAAAGCCAAAGGCAAAGGAGAGACCAGCUAAAGCGUCUAGGACUUCGACUAGGACAUCUCCAGGGAAGAAGGCUGCUCCUGCCAAGAAAAAAGCGGCGGCUGCGGUAAAGAUUACUCUGCCAAUAAUGAGGGUGAAGCCUAUGCCUAUGAAACCUCCGGCGAAAAGGUCUUCGACGAGGAAGACGAAGAAGUGAAGAAGAUGGGUGUAGGAUAUAGUGGGGGAAGAUUGAAUACAUGGUGGUGGUAGCUUCUCUAGGGGUAGUCUUGUAUAAUUGAAUCAUCCUUGAAGGAGCUUGCUUUCCAAAGUUUUUCUUUUUCUUCUUCUUUGUCUUCUGGUUUCUUCUUGAGACAUCAUUAUCUUGUAAUUUUUUUGGUUUGUUUGAAAUUAAGCUUUAAUCAAUAGCUAAAUGUGAUGGUUUCUUUGUUCUUUACUUCUCCAAAAACUGUCCUUUAAGUUUA